AUGUCGACUGUGCAUGUUGGCCUUCUCGACCAGAAGAUAGAGAAUUCACAGGUCGUCAGUUGGGACAUCAAUAAAAUUGGAGGUUUGCCAGCAUGGAUUUGUACAGAAUCAUCACCAUCAGUCCCAGAAUGCAAGAACUGUGGCCAGAUAUCCUCCCUGAUAUCACAGAUCUAUUGUCCUCUUGGUGGUUCAGAAUACAACCGUUGUAUUUACUUGUUUGCAUGUCCGAGGGAUUGCAGCAAGCAACAGCAUGGGUGGAGGGUGUUCCGGUCUAUGAAGCAUGACAGCACUUAUCACCCUGAAAGUGAACAAGCUACAGAGAUCUCACAGCAGCCUUCUAAGUGUGUGGACGAUUUUUGGUCUCAAGACCAAGACGACUGGGGUGGAGAGUCAGAUAAAUGGGGUGUUGAGCCCAGUGAGUUGGAUGAUGGUUCACAUGUCUUGCCGCCAUAUCAGGAGUCAGCUGAUCAACCAGCAGAAAGUGACUGUGGUGUGGCUUGCUCAGAAACAAUAGAAGUCCUUAAACCAGAGAUUGUGAAUCAUGACUCAGGCUGUCCAGGUUCAAACGGAUGUUUGUUACAGAAUAAUUUGGAAACAAGUUCUGCCCUGCCUGAUGACCAUCAAGACACAGAAGAAUCUGCAGUUGAAGAGACAUUAUCCCUGGCUGACGCAGAGCGAUGGAAUGCUUUGGCAAAGCUUUUGAAUACAAAACUUGAGCAGGACUGCUCACCAACUAAAUUAAACUCUAAUAGGACAAUAGUCUUUGAGCCAUACUACUUGUCUGUUGUGGAUGAGCCAGCUGCCAAAGUGGAGGAGGUCAAUGAUCAUGUCAGUCAUUUGAUCAGAAACUAUGAAAAGUCAGAAGGCAAACAGCUGCACACGAUGAUCUCUGACAGACCCACAUCUAAAGCAAAAGAUAGUUCUUCUGAAUUUUAUGAAAAAACUGAACUCAAACAUGGCGACAGAAUCUUCUACAAGUUUAUGAAAAGGUUACAGCGCUGUCCUCAGCAGUGUAUUAGAUAUGACCGAGGAGGUGACCCACUUUUAGUCAGCCAUUUACAAGAUCAACCAGUUAGCCCAUGUCCACACUGUGGACAAAGAAGAAUAUUUGAGUUUCAGCUGCUUCCUCCGCUGAUACCAUUUUUGAGGACAGUUGAUGGCACCCCCUGUGAAGUUGAGUUUGGGACUGUCCUUGUUUACACUUGUGAACAAAAUUGCUGGCCAGCUGAUCGUGAUUCUACAUGUAAACUUGACCUUUUAGAAGAGUCUAUAGUGUUUCAGGAGGAUCCAGACAUACAUUUAUAUAGAUAG